AUUUAAAAAGGACAGUGGUAUUCUUUCUCGUUGAGUUAAUUAACUGUUUUGAUCGUAAAUUACGCAUCAAAACUACUGUUUACACUUUAAUUGCAUCUACCCCAGUUGAAGUGAUAUUUUAUUGAGUUUUUCGAUUUUGCUUCUGUGUAUUUAUUGCAUCGAAGCAUACUUGGUCGACUUUUACUUGGUUUAUUUAGUUAAGGUUCGAAAAUCCUUUUACAUAUCCUGUUUUUGUCACCGUUCUAGUUGAUUUUCAAGAUGGCUAGGUCUACUCAUAAAUGUGGACAACCAUGCUGCUUAUUUCCCGUGGACGAAGGGAUGCAAUGUGAUGAGUGUAAUAAGUGGUUCCAUAAGAUGUGCACCCGAUUAAGCCCCACUGCAUAUAAAAGGUGUUCAAAGCCCAACUCUCAUUGGCUUUGUAGUUUUUGUUGCUCGAGCAAAACAUUGCUUAUCCAGGAAGCAAUUAGUCUCCUGGUGUUGGCUAAUAAGAAGGUUGAUGAGGGCUGUACUGAUAACAUUGGUACGGAUGGCGAAGAUUGCGUUAGUGUCGUAAGUGCUAUCACGGCGCAAGCCAGACAUCUACCUGUGCAACCCACAGUUGAACGUUCUCCCCCGAAACGAUCAGUGAGUGACACGUCAUUAGACGUUGGUGGCCAUAUUGCUACAGCAGCAACCGGUGACCCAGAUAAAACAAUUACUGUCCCAAGUUGUUCUAAUGUAGACGUUUCGACUGAUGGAAAAUGGAUGACGCGAAAACGCAGAAGAGUAGGAAAGGUAGCUAAAACUAAUGACUGUUUACUUGGUAAGUCCUUGGUGGACUCUCAGACCAAUCCGCCAAAGUCUCAUAGUAAAGCUUCGUCUGACAUUGUUGUGAGUCAUUCGCUUGACUCCCAGGACUCUGUUAAAAUAAAAACUAAUCGUAAGCUACCAGUAGUUAAAAUACAGGAUCUAACGUCACGGUCGAAAGCUGUGAACACAGUUUCAAAAGAAGCUAAACCCAUCCCUAGUUUAAUUAUUUGGAAUCUAGAGAAGUCGAAAGACAACGACCCUGCUAAAAGACACGCACAUGACCUACAGUUAGUGGAGUCUGUGGUCAGGAAUGUACUACCUGAAGAGGUUUCAGGGGUACAUAUUACAAAAGUAAUACGACUUGGUAAAUGGGUUGGAGGCGAGACCCAACCAAGAAGGAUCCUGAAGCUGGUUCUCGGGAGUUUCGAAGAAAGAGACAUAUUAUUGAAAAGCGCACAAAAACUCGUGCCUCAAAUAUCCGUAUUCGACCAGAUUGGCCGCUUGAGGAUCGAAUCAAGUGGAAGAAUGCUCUUACGGAGUUGAGGACUCGCAAAUUAAAUGGCGAAAAUAACCUUACCAUUAAGGGUUUUCGGGUAGUCAGGUCUUGGAAGCCAAUGCUUCCGAGGCCUGUAUGGGUAGAACGAUUGAUUUCCAAAACACCUUAAGUGUGUGCUACACGAACGCUCGUAGUCUUAGAAAUAAAACGUCCGAGCUAAGUCUGAUGGUGCAAGAAUUAUGUCCCGAUAUAAUCGUUGUUACAGAAACUUGGUUCACCGUUGAUAUAGACUGUUCUCCUUUCAUUGCUGGUUAUAUCUGUAUCAGAAGUGAUAGAGUUUCAAGUCGCAAGGGGGAGGUAUAAUAUUUUACGUUAGGGAUCACUUUCGUAUACAGUCAACCAUAUCAGAGGCUCAUAUCAGUGGCACAUGUGAGGUUGCAUGUUGUAAGAUUAAAUCUAGAAAUGGGUUAGUGACUAUAGGGGGAUUAUACCGUAGUCCGUCUUGUCUGGCUGACGACUUUAUCCUAAGACACAUCUGUUCUUGGAGUAUGGCAGAAUGUUGUCUCAUCAUCGGGGACUUCAACGCACUUCAUAUUAGCUGGAUAGAGCUUACAGCUCCAGGUAGCGGUUUCGAUAGCGACCUUUUAUCUACCGUUAUUCAGUGUGCACUUGUACAAUGUAUCACAAAACCGACACAUAUUGAUUUGCAUCAUGUUCCGUCACUGCUGGACCUCGCCCUCACCCACCACUCUGAGGAUGUCUUUGAUAUCCAGCACCUUCCUCCACUAGUGAACAGUGAUCAUGUUGUAAUUCACUUUAAGUUUAGGACACAUGGUAUACAAUUCGUAUCUGCUCCACCCCGUCCCAAUAUCUGGCGAGCUAAUAUUCCGGAAAUCAGAAACCGUGCUAUCUCGACCGAUUGGUCGGUCGACGCGGAUGGAUUGAUCGAAGAUGAAUGGAAUAAGUUUAAGGCUACAUUCGAGUCCGUAACGUCGCCGUUUAUCCCAUGGUCAGCACGUAAGCUAUCACAUUGCCCUCCAUGGAUUAAUAAGGAAACCCGGAAGCUGUUAAAGCGUAGGAAACAUUUCUGGGACUUAUUCUUGUUGACAGGUCAUGCACCAUUUAAGCGUGAGUAUCAAAAAUACCGUAAUAUCUGUAAGAAAACCAUAGCGAAAUCCCGUACCACUUACGAACGGCAGUUAGUAUAUGAUAGCCGUACUUGUCCGAAACGAUUGUUUUCGUAUGUUAAACGGCAAAUGAAACGUAGUGAUGGUAUUCCCCCGUUGCUGUUACACGAAAAUUCAGAAUUACUAGCUGAAUCAGAUCGAGCAAAAGCUGAGACUUUUUCAGAUUAUUUUAGCGAAUUCUUCUCUACGUUUAUUGUAACAAAUACUUGUCCCACUCACACCGAGAUACCAACCAUUGAAUCCGUACAGGUGACUGAGGAAACUGUCCUUCCGUUGAUAACUAACCUCAAACCUGGUAAGAUACCGGUCCCUCUCACUCGCUCAACUCCCUAGAGAUUGGAAGGACGCUAUAGUUAGUCCUAUAUUUAAGGACGGUCAGCGACAGAUAGUAUCUAACUACCGGCCUGUCAGUCUAACUAGCAUAGUCGUUAAGUUACUCGAAAAGAUAAUUCGGGUUAGGUUGCUAAGCCACAUAGAUUUACACAAUCUGUUAGCUCCUGAGUAACACGGAUUUCGUAACAAGCAUUCAUGCUUGACUAACUUGCUUAUUGCGAGGGAGGAUUGGACAGCAGCCCUAGAUCACGGUCUGUCUGUCGACGUGAUAUUCAUAGAUUUUAGCAAAGCGUUUGACAAGGUUUCACACGUAGGUCUUAUGCAGAAGCUCACGAGCUUCGGAAUAAUAGGUACUGUACAUGAGUGGAUAGGAAAUUUCUUAUGUGACCGCAGACAGAGAGUUAGGGUCAAUGGAACGCUAUCCGAUUGGAAGCCGGUUGUUAUAACGUGAAAAUGAUGCUGCGGAUUAAGGGUAGCGAAUUAUUGAUCGGACCAAAGACGCACAAACACGUAGAACGACCUAGGGUUCUGAUUGGUCUCGCUUCCCUAUCCAACCCAGCCAGUUGAGUCCAGAACACAAGUCACAGCCUCGGAGAUAUGAAUCAUUGUAUUUCAAACAUACUUUGUUUAUAUACCAGUCAAGCAGACCACAACGUCCCAUAAAAUAGAAAAUAACAUUGUACAAUAAUGGCCAGUAGGAAAAUGACACGUUAAAUAAAUAUUCACCAAUAAGAUGAUACCAUUUCAUGUCCAAGGAUAACAUUAGGCUUAACAGGAUAAUUCUUGGGAUAUUUUCCUGAACAUCCCAACACCUCCCUUUUUUGGAGAUCCGGAGUUGGUGUCCGGAUUUUAAAUUUUCCUCGCGUCUAUCCUCCCCCUCGAAAUAAUGUUGGGUCCUCACAUACCCAAGGAACAGUUGAUGUGACUCUAUUUGAAGCAUAUUUCCCGCGUCGAGUAGAGAGUCCACUAGGACUGACUAGAUGGUGAGGAUCAGCGACAGUAUAUAUGAGGUCAUUAGGGUUUGAUUCUUGUGAAGCAUUUCCAUCAGAUCUCUUCAAAAUUCCAUUAGUGGAUAAUAGGUCACUAAAACAAACAGCAUCUAUCAAAAUUGUAUUAGAUUUCUGACCACUAUUUGAUGUAUGGGACAUAUUUUCUGACAAAACAAUGAGAUCUUCUCGUGAGCUGGAUAUGUUACUGUCUGCACAUGUUGUUUGGGGGAUGAUGGAGCUUGACUCCAUUACCGGGCAUGUUUCUGGGAUAGAAAGUACUGGACCACUGGGCGCAUCAUGGAUGACUGUUUCGUUUGAAGUACAGUUCAUCGAGGAUUCAUGGAGGCUGCUGUCAUUUUCCAGCUCACUGUGUAUUUCAGAUAUCAAUCCAUCCACUUCCGUCGCGUCUUCAUAGCAUGAGUGAUUUAGCAGCUGCGUGCGGAAUUUGACUAGUAAGUCCAAAUGUCGUUCAAAGAGCAGCUGUAAUCGAUCGGAAGGUAGAGUCAUUUUUUUGAAUCAGCACCUGUGAUGAAAAUUACUGUAUGACUAAUGUCCAAUGUGGUUCAAGGACACUGAUGACAAUCUGGAUACUGAUUGGUUGGAUAAUUAGACUGGAUUUCGUCCAAUUACAGAAUGACUUUGGGUUGUAUCUUUUCUUCACCCCGUCGCCAAUUGUUAUAACGUGAAAAUGAUGCUGCUGAUUAAGGGUAGCGAAUUAUUGAUCGGACCAAAGACGCACAAACACGUAGAACGACCUAGGGUUCUGAUUGGUCUCGCUUCCCUAUCCAACCCAGCCAGUUGAGUCCAGAACACAAGUCACAGUCUCGGAGAUAUGAAUCAUUGUAUUUCAAACAUACUUUGUUUAUAUACCAGUCAAGCAGACCACAACGUCCCAUAAAAUAGAAAAUAACAUUGUACAAUAAUGGCCAGUAGGAAAAUGACACGUUAAAUAGAUAUUCACCAAUAAGAUGAUACCAUUUCAUGUCCAAGGAUAGCAUCAGCCUUAACAGGAUAAUUUUUGGGAUAUUUUCCUGAAUAUCCCAACACCGGUCAAAAGUGGUGUACCACAAGUCACCAUCUUAGGCCCUCUGCUCUUCCUUCUCUACGUUAAUGAGUUACCACUGUUACUUAGGUCGUCGACAUUAUUGUUUGCAGAUGAUGUAAAAAUCUGGAGAACAAUAAAAAGUGCGGCUGAUCAUGUGGACCUUCAAGCUGAUUUAGACGAUUUAGUUAGAUGGGCUCGAGAGUGGGGCUUAGAAAUUAAUGCUAGGAAGAGUGUACUAAUGCACGUCGGUCACGGUAAUAGUUACCGUUACACUAUUGAGGGUAAACCUCUUCCAUGCGUUCAAGAGCAUAAGGACUUAGGAGUAAUAUUAAGUCAUGACUUAAAAACAACUGCGCAUUGCAAAGCAGCCGCUGCCAAAGGUUUUCGUGCGUUAUGGUCACUUCGCCGAGCGUUCAAAUCUUUUGACGAGGAAACGUUUCGAAUUUUAUACCCCAUAUAUGGAAGACCACAUUUAGAGUACUGUAUCCAAGCAGCUAGCCCGUGUCUAGUAAAGGAUACUAACUCCCUUGAGCGUGUCCAGCGUGUGGGAACGAAAUUAGUGAAGGGUCUUUCUAGUCUCCCUUACGAUGAGCGCUUAAAACGCCUAAAUCUUUUCCCCUUGUCGUAUCGUAGGACACGAGGUGACCUUAUACUGAAAUUUCGUAUCUUUAAUUAUGAUUUGGGUGUUAAUAUGUCUUAUCUUUUUGCUCCCUCCAGCGCUAAUAAUCUCCGAGGUCAUAGCAAGAAGGUUCAUAAACCACGAUCUAAUAAACUUAAUGUGGGAUCCCGUUUUUCUCAUCGAGUAGUCAAUGGUUGGAACGCCUUACCCGAACAAGUGGUAUCAGCCCCAUCAGUGAAUAAUUUCAAGGAAAAGCUGGACCUUCACUGGAAAGCAAUGUGUCAGGAUUAACACAGGUUCAUCAACCUACUAUCCUUAUUACUGAAGACUGACCUGACGUAGUGUGAAUAUCUGAUCUAUACAACCACGUCCAGGUCGAAAACCGGCCUGGUUUUCUCUAAUCUGCUCUUCACGAGCUUUGAUUAGGCGUCGAAGUAUUAUUGAAGCUAAUAUUUUAGACACUAUAUUAGUCAAACUGAUUUCUCUGUGAUUGUCACAAGAGGACUUUUGUCCUUUCUUAUAGACUGGCACAAUCAGUGAUUGAGACCAUUCAGAUGGGAUUACGUCCAGUUCCCAAAUUCUACCUAAGACCUCGGUUAAUCUCAUUGCUAAUACUGGACCACCAUCCUUAAAAAUCUCAGGAGUAAACCUGUCAGGGCCUGUUGCUCUCCCUCGCUUCAGAUUUCCUAUGGCUUUUACAACUUCGUAAAGAGGCGGAGGACCUAAAUUAACUUGCCAUUCAGGUUGACUGGAGGUCGUGUGAAACCGAAGUGUGAUUGAAGGCCAGUUGAACUGAUCCCUAAAGUGUUCUACCCAUCGGUCCAAUAUCCUGGAUUGAGAAAGUAUAAUGUAUCCGUCUUUUUCUGAGAAAGUUUCGCAACAGUUGAGUUCCUCAUACCGGUUUCCUUAAAAAGUCUGAACAAUUGUUUGCUACUACCUAUAUCCGCUGACCUUUCC